AUGCUACUCCGUCACAUGUCCAAUCGGACCAAGACCGGGGCGUACAUGGACGCUAAUAUCCAGGCUCAUCAGCUAGAAACAGGCACGUCCUUUGGCAUCAUUCAACAAGUCUACAGCAACACCGCUAUCUCGGCUUCCGAUACUUGGUUAAAACGGGUGUGGAAGGAUUUUGAGGACUUGGACAUGUACAUCGCAUUUGAUUCUCCGGCCCUGACGCUCCGCUGCCAGCACGACGCACUUCUGAUCGAUCUCUUCCUGAAAUUGGAAGUAGACCAGGACGAGCUGCUCUGGCUUAGCUGGUGCCGGAUGUUCCUACAAGUCUGCACUGUGUCGGACAUCACCACUGCCGAUGGGCGUUUUAUUCGCCGCGCCAUCUGGGAUGGCCUUUGUGAUGGCACCGUCCGAUCCCCUUACCAGUGGCCACGUACGGUCCGACCAACUCGGCAACACUGGGAGCUCUGGCAGACUACGCUAUCUACUGCUCUUCUAUCCUUGCAUGGGCCUCGCCACUCCUUACGCCAACCGCUGAGUCCCUGGUCUGAUCCUGUGGAGAACUGGAACUGGCUAUGGUCUCCCACUGUGGGCCUUUUUCAUCGUACAGGUGCCACUUGGGAACACUUCGCCGCUGUUGGCUCGGCUUCCACCUCUCGCCGCUACGCUCCGUCUCGAAGUCACACCACCUCCGCUCCAUCUACCGCUUCGCGUCCGAAUAAAAGUCCCUGGUGGAUGGGACCACCUCCGUCCGUACCCUUCAAGACUAUGACCCGGUUCUCCUGA